AUGCGGAACAACCCCCCAUACAACACGGGCUCCUUCCGCUUCGAGCUGAUUUUCUCCCCCAAUCACCCGCUGGAGCCCCCCUGCGCCACCCUCCGCACUCCCAUCUACCACCCCAGCGUGGACCUCGAGGGCCGCGUCUGCCAGCCCCUCACCUCCCACAUGCACUGGGAGCCCACCACCCGUGCCAUCCAAGUGCUCCAGGACCUGCUGCUGCAGCUGGACAGCCCAGACCCCCAGCGGGUGCUGCGGCCGGACCUGGCCCGGGAGCUGCAGGAGCGCCCCGAGGACUUCUGGCGCCGGGCAGAGGAACACACCCGGCUCCACGCCGAGCCGCGCCCCGACACCCAUACAUAA